AACACAUGCUUAUAAAACGAACAGAACUAAUUGUUACAAACAUUCAUAAUUUACUGUCAGAUAUUAUGAACUUACUCUGUGUUGUUACAGGAUAGAUUUUAGUUUUGGGCAACUAUAGAGUUUAUAAUUAUAUUUGCAAUAAUUACCAGGAAUACUUAAUAAUGUUUUCCCUCGAGAACGAUAAUGAUGUAGUGGAGUGUCCCUACAAUCCAGCGCAUCGGUUGCUGCGCAAACGGUUGCAACCCCAUCUCAUUAAGUGUCGUGUGAACUAUCCACAACUUGAGCUUCAAAAAUGUCCAUUUAACAAUACUCAUCACAUACCUGAACCAGAAUUCUGUCUACAUGUUACAAACUGUCCGGAUCGAAAACUCAUAACACAAUAUAAAUACAACACAGCGGAACCGAAGGAAGAAGAACGUGUUUCUCAUGCACCGAUUGAAUGCGAAGAAAAUUGGGAUGAUACCGAAGUUAAUGAUUACGAUCCUCAGAAAUUCAUAGAAAAGAAAGACGUUCUACGCCAACCAAUAGGAAUUCCUCCAGCAGAACGAAAAGAGUUUAUUAAAACAGAACGUAAACGUUUGGGAGAUGAAGAGAGUUACAGUGAUAGUGACGAUGAUUUUAAAGAAGAGGUGAGAAGAGAAAAUUCAAUAACUGAUGUCAUUGAAAAUUAUGAGAGCAAAGACCCAAGUUCAAUUAAGCGCAUACGUUCAAUUUCGCCGUCACCUCCCCGUCAGAGGGACCGAUCAAGAAGUCGAUCGCCACAAUCUUCUGUUUACUACAAACCCACACAUGUACGUGGUUCCUAUAUACCAUCCCCUUCGUCACCAUCUCGGAUUUCAGUUGGAUCUAGUAGCAACCGUUUUUUUACGUACCACAUCCAGCCAUCGCCAGCAGCUUAUAACAUUGAUGACGAUCCUUAUUAUAAUAGCGGCAAUGGCGCCUCUUAUCAGAGAGUUAAUUAUAGCAAUAAUAGCAGCAAUCAGAAUCCUCCUCUUGUUGCGUAUCCUACUCGUACGCCAUCUUAUGGUCGUGGUGCUUAUCGUGGCUACAGUUAUGAUCGCAAGAAUUCAUCACGUUACAACGACGCUCCUUAUUGAAUUUAUAGUUUUAUUCGUAACGAGUGACGAGUAUAUUAUAAAAAUGUUUCGCUAAAAAAUGCUUAUAUCAGAUACCACAAUACAAAUAUUUAAUUUUUAUGACGCUUCUAUAUUCCACAUAAUGCUUUUAUGUUACAAUAUGCAUAUUUUGACUUAAAUUUUAUAGUAAUGUUAAUUUCUGAUUGUUUAAUAAAUUUGUAUGUUACGCAUGUGUAUUGUAUGUAGGUUUAUUAAGUAGAACUCAAGAAUUCCAAAUAUAAUAUAAUGCAGAUAAA